CUUCCAUGUAAACACAGCAAAAUCAAAAGAUAUUUGCUAUUAACGUCGCACAGUACAGCUAGUCCUAAGAGAGUAUUUAAGAGAAUCCAACACAGUGUGAAUCUUUCUGAGAAGAAAAGAACAUGGAGAACAAUCAAAAAUACAUUGAUGACUUUAACCCUUCAGAAUACUACCAGACAUACUAUGCGGUAGGAACAGAAAUUUUAUCUGGAGAAUGGAGAGAAUUUGCACUGAAGAUGCUUCAUGAAACAUUUACUAAAGGUGGUGUAAGAGGAGACACAUUGAUUGAUUUUGGUUCUGGGCCGACUAUCUACCAUCUUCUUUCUGCUUGUGAAGUCUUUAACAACAUAAUCUCCUCUGAUUUUCUUGACCAAAACUGCAUUGAACUGCAAAAAUGGCUGAGGAAAGAUCCCAAUGCUUUCGAUUGGACUCAUAUUAUCAAAUAUGUAUGCGAGCUUGAAGGGAACAGGCAGAGCAUUGAAGAAAAAUCUGAGACGCUCCGCAGUAAGGUGAAACAAGUCCUGAAAUGUGAUGCAUUGAAAAGUAACCCUUAUGAUCCUAUUGUUCUGCCUCCCGCUGAUUGUCUCCUCACCUGUCUCUGCCUUGAAGCGCCCUGUGAGACCAUAGAAUCAUUCUGCAAUGUUCUGAAAAAUUUCCAAAACUUGAUUAAACCUGGGGGACACUUACUGGUUUUAAGUGUGCUAAAUUCUCAUUUUUAUUACAUUGGUGACAAACGUUUUUUUUCCUUGUACCUCACAAAAGAUGACCUGGAGAAGGCUUUUAAAGAGGCUGGUUAUAUAAUUGAGAAAAUGAUAGUUACUCCUCGGAAUAAUAAGUCAAGAUUGGAUUUCUGUGGCUAUGAUGGUUACUAUUAUAUCCUUGCUCGUAAACCACAGUAAUGGUAAUCCUGUCAACUAACUUCUUGCAACCACUAAAACAGUGGUAUCCAUGGCUCAAGGUUUAAAUAUUUUGCAUGCAUUGUCUUUGCUUAUCAGCUAUUCACAUGUUCUAGGUAGAGCUACUAUCAGCAAUUCUGAAGUUCUCCCCUUUAGCAUCUCUGAAAUAGUUUUCUAACCUAUAUGUUAGUUAUGGGCUCAAUGAGUAUUGAAUUGACUUUUCACUCGCUAUCCACUAUAUUUUCUUCAAUCUAAAGCAAGCUGCCUCUGUUUUUUGUUCUACCCAGGGUGUGAUGUUAUAUAAAUGUUUACCCUAUGCUAUAGUACUGUAUGUUAUUUUGUUAUAUUUACCAAUUGUAUAGUGUACUCAUGCUUUUCUACUCUAUUAUUAUGCAAUGUUCAAACAUGUUUCUUUCAAAAACGGUGCUAUGUAUGCUUAUUGUGCUUUAGAAAUAAAAGAUAAAAAUAUC